GGAGACCUAGCGGAAACCUUCAGGUCACCCAGGGAACUGCUCCUCUCGCUGGUCCUGCAGCGGCGAGGAGGGGGGAGGUGGUGAAAGCGCCGAGACGCGCGGGGCGCAGAGAUGAGCAAGUGGCGAAGCUUGACCGAGCGCAGGCAGGAGCAGCCGCCCAACUCCCGGCGCGGGAUCUGCUGAGAGGCCACGAUUUUAGGUGAUGGGCAAAUCAGAAAGUCAGAUGGAUAUAACUGAUAACAACACUCCAAAGCCAAAGAAGAAACAGCGAUGGACCCCACUGGAGAUCAGCCUCUCAGUCCUCGUCCUGCUCCUCGGCAUCAUCGCGGUGACGAUGAUAGCACUCUAUGCAAACUAUGACGAUGGUAUUUGCAAGUCAGCAGAAUGCAUAAAAUCAGCUGCUCGACUCAUCCAAAACAUGGACACCACUGCUGAGCCGUGUUCAGACUUUUUCAAAUACGCCUGUGGAGGCUGGUUGAAGCGCAACAUCAUCCCUGAGACCAGCUCCCGUUACAGUAACUUUGACAUUUUAAGAGAUGAACUAGAAGUCGUUUUGAAAGAUGUCCUCCAGGAACCCAAACCUGAAGAUAUAGUAGCAGUGCAGAAAGCAAAAACAUUGUACAGGUCUUGUAUAAAUGAAUCUGCUAUUGAUAGCAGAGGUGGAGCGCCUCUACUCCAAGUGUUACCAGAUAUAUACGACUGGCCAGUAGCCUCAGAAAACUGGGAGCAAACACAUGGUACUUCUUGGACAGCUGAGAAAGCUAUUGCACAACUGAAUUCUAAAUAUGGGAAAAAAGUCAUUAUUAAUUUUUUUGUUGGCACUGAUGAUAAGAACUCUGUGAGCCAUAUAAUUCACAUUGACCAGCCUCGACUUGGCCUCCCCUCCAGAGACUAUUAUGUAUGCACUGGAAUAUAUAAAGAGGCUUGUACAGCAUAUGUGGAUUUCAUGAUUUCUGUGGCCAAACUGAUUCGUCAAGAAAGAGGAUUGCCCAUAAAUGAAAGCCAGCUUUCCUUGGAAAUGAAUAAAGUUAUGGAAUUGGAAAAAGAAAUUGCCAAUGCUACAGAUCAACCUGAAAAUCGAAAUGAUCCAAUGCUUCUUUAUAACAAAAUGACCUUAGCCCAGAUCCAAAAUAACUUUUCACUAGAGAUCAGUGGGAAGCCAUUCAGCUGGUCAAAUUUCACAAAUGAAAUUAUGUCAACUGUGAAUAUUAAUAUUGCAAAUGAGGAAGAAGUGGUUGUUUAUGCUCCAGAAUAUUUAACCAAACUUAAGCUCAUUCUUACCAAAUAUUCUGCGAGAGAUCUUCAAAAUUUAAUGUCCUGGCGGUUCAUAAUGGAUCUUGUAAGCAGCCUCAGCAGAACCUACAAGGAGUCCAGAAAUGCUUUCCGCAAGGCCCUUUAUGGCACAACAUCAGAAACAGCGACUUGGAGACGUUGUGCAAACUAUGUCAAUGGGAACAUGGAAAAUGCUGUGGGAAGGCUUUAUGUAAAUGCAGCAUUUGCUGGAGAGAGUAAACAUGUGGUUGAGGAUUUGAUCACGCAGAUCCGGGAAGUUUUUAUUCAGACCUUAGAUGACCUCACUUGGAUGGAUGCUGAAACCAAAAAAAAAGCUGAAGAAAAGGCCUUAGCCAUUAAAGAAAGAAUCGGCUACCCUGACGACAUUAUCUCCGAUGAUAACAAACUGAAUAAAGAAUACCAGGAGUUGAACUACAAAGAAGAUGCAUACUUUGAGAACAUAAUUCAAAAUUUGAAGUUAAUCCAAAAUAAACAACUAAAGAAGCUCCGAGAAAAGGUGGACAAGGAUGAGUGGAUAAGCGGAGCAGCUGUGGUCAACGCAUUUUAUUCUUCUGGCAGAAAUCAGAUAGUCUUCCCCGCCGGCAUCCUUCAGCCCCCCUUCUUCAGCGCCAAGCAGUCUAAAUCGCUCAACUACGGGGGCAUCGGCAUGGUCAUAGGGCACGAAAUCACCCAUGGCUUCGAUGACAAUGGCAGAAAUUUUAACAAAGAUGGAGACCUCAUUGACUGGUGGUCACAACAGUCCGCAAAUAAUUUUAAAGAGCAAUCCCAGUGCAUGGUGUACCAGUACGGAAACUUCUCCUGGGACCUGGCAGGUGGACAGCAUCUUAAUGGAAUUAAUACACUGGGAGAAAACAUUGCUGAUAACGGAGGUAUUGGCCAAGCAUACAGAGCCUAUCAAAAUUAUGUUAGAAAGAACGGUGAAGAAAAAUUACUUCCUGGACUUGACCUAAAUCACAAACAACUAUUCUUCUUGAAUUUUGCUCAGGUGUGGUGUGGGACCUACAGGCCAGAGUAUGCAGUCAACUCCAUCAAAACAGAUGUCCACAGCCCAGGCAAUUUCAGGAUUAUUGGGACUUUGCAGAACUCCCCUGAGUUUUCAGAAGCCUUUCGUUGCCCCAAGAAUUCAUACAUGAACCCCGAGAAGAAAUGCCGAGUUUGGUGAUCGUCAGAAGUUGCGCGACCCUUGGCUAGACUUGUCAUCACCACAGCAGUGGGGAGCUCUCUCCCCAAGAGAAUGGACCACAGAGGUCGCUGUUAUUACACGGGGAUAGUCAACAGAGAUGAGAGCAUCUAAUAAAAUAAUUUCAUAAUAAAAAUGAAGCUAGGUUCUUUUGGGGAAAGGUGUGGAAGGAA